AUGAGCGGCUCUCUUUACUUCGUUUUGAUCUCGCUUUUUCAUCUCGCUCGUGGCCUUCCUUCUCCGAUUGAUCUUGGACCCCUCCAAAUCACGCCCAUCCAACUCACCCAGCCAAUCAUCCAAUUCGAUCCCCUAAUAUCGCCCAUCCAACCCGUCCCCGUCCCCGUCGACUCUACCCUGCCAACGAUUUCUACCCUGCCAAUGAUACCUAACGCUCAAUCACCUUUCCCGCCUUACGACGAGAUACCUUUUCGCAUCAUGCCGCCGCAGCAGUCAUCUUCAUCGUACAAGGCCCCUCAACCCAAACGACUCGUGAUGGCUUACUAUCCGGACUGGUCUGGGUCCGACUUCCCCCCCGAGAAAAUCGACUUCACGCGUUUUGACUGGAUAGACUUUGCUUUUGCCAUGCCAGCCAAAGAUUUCACUCUAGCUUGGGACGACCCGAAUACCGGUCCUCGACUCUUAGCUCGUCUUGUUGCGGCUGCUCAUGCGAAACAGAAAAAGGUCAAGCUUAGCAUUGGUGGCUGGACUGGCAGCCAAUACUUUUCGGCUGCGGUUAGCUCGCCCAACAACAGACAGCUUUUUGCCAACAACAUCGCCGCUCUUUAUAAGCAAUUUGGACUGGACGGUAUCGACAUUGACUGGGAAUAUCCUGGGCGACAAGGUGCUGGCAACAAUGGUGUUAACCCGUCGGAUUCAAGCAAUCUCUUGCUCCUUCUCCAGUACCUAAGAAGCAUCCUACCACCACAAGCCAAGAUUUCGGCAGCUGUUCUACCUACGCCCUUCUUUGAUUCGAAUGGGGAACCCAUGCAAGAUGUCUCUGGCUUUGCGAGGGUGUUGGACUGGGUGACUGUUAUGAACUAUGAUGUCUGGGGAUCAUCUUCUAGUCCAGGACCUAAUGCUCCAUUGUCCGACGCUUGCAAUAACUCCACGCAACCAGAGGCCAGCGCCGUUUCCGCAUAUCAAGCAUGGACAAAUGCUAACUUUCCACCUUCAAAACUUGUUCUCGGUGUUCCAUCAUACGCAUACGUGUCUUCUUCCACCGCCACACGGCUCCGUCAACGCGCUGGGAAUGUCAGACUUGUCUCCGACGGGGACCAAAUUCAAUUUCGUGACCUCGUCAAGCAAGGAGCACUGGCAAAUCCCAACUCGUCUGAUAGUUUUGGACCCAUGUACAAUGGCACGGGAGGCUUCGUGAGAUACUGGGAUGAAUGCUCCAACACGCCAUAUCUACGUUCUGCUUCGUCGCGACAAGUUGUCAGCUACGACGACCCACAGUCACUCGGGAGAAAGGCGCAGUAUGUGAAAAAGGUUACUUGGCAAGCAACUCCGUUCAACCCCGCCUCUAUCCCACUCGCUGUCCGAACACCGUAUCUAUCCACAUGGCUCCCUCAAGGCGCGGGUCAUCCUUUGAAUGGCGCUUGGUCAACUCAUUGGACUGGCAAUAUUACCGGCUGGGCUGGGUUUAUGAGGGUGGACGGGGCUGCAUUUAGCUUUUUGGGAGACCCGACGUUGCCUGUCGCUUUCGCAAAAGCAGCACAGAAAUCGAUGGAGUUUACGUCGACGCAAAGCAUCUUCGUCAUGUCUGCUGGCGGUAUCGACUUGACGGUGACCUUCCUCAGUCCAGUGGAGACAACCGACCUGGCGAAACAGUCGUUCCCGUUCUCAUAUAUGGCGCUUACAGCCACCAGCAACGACGGCAAGACUCACUCUGUUCAAGUUUACAGCGACAUUUCUGGCGAAUUCGUCUCGAGUGGACCUGAUCAGGUGAUUAACUGGAAUACCACGGUCGGCGACACUUUGGUCCACCAGGUUCAAUUGCAGAAUCAAGUGGUGUUCCAAGAGGUCAGCGAUCGUGCGCAAUAUGGCUCUGUAUUCUAUGCUACCACUGCUGCCUCGGGAGUUACUUACCAAACCGGUGGCGAUGUUGCAGUUCGCAGCCAAUUUGUGAGAAAUGGUGAACUUGCCAACACCCUAGACUCGAACUUUCGCCCCAUUUCGGACAACUUCCCUGUCUUCGCGUUUGCGCACGAUCUAGGCCAAGUGUCAGGAGCGACAAAACCAGUGGUGGUUGCGAUUGGGCAUGUCCGCGAUCCUGCUGUCAAGUACAUCGUAGCGAACGCUCAGCUUCAAGAGCGUUCGUCUCUCUUCUGGAACCAAUUCAGCAACAUUGAAGAUUCAAUCGCUGCCUUUUUGAAGGACUACGAUGGUGCAAUGACGCGAAACUCAGCCUUUGACGCCCAGGUCCACAAGGAUGCAUCCGCGAUUUCCAGCGACUACGCCGACAUCGUAGCACUGUCGAUUCGGCAGGCAAUGGCGAGUAUGGAAAUCACGGUGUCCAAGAAUUCAGAUGGUUCUUUCAACACGAGCGAUAUACUGGUGUUCAUGAAAGAAAUUUCGAGUGACGGCAACGUGAACACGGUCGAUGUGAUCUACCCUGCUUAUCCUCUCCUACUCUAUGUCAACCCUCUGCUUGCUAAAUACCUUCUGGCCGGACUGUUCGAAUACCAAGCGACUGGCCAAUACCCAAACAAGUACAGUGUACACGAUUUAGGUGCUAGUUAUCCAAAUGCCAUUGGCCAUAAUGACGGACAAGACGAAGCAAUGCCUGUUGAAGAAAGCGGCAAUAUGCUCAUUAUGGCCUUGGCAUAUGCGCAAAGGACAGGCGACAAUUCCCAGCUUACACAGUACUUUGGUCUCUUGGACCGAUGGACGCAAUUCUUGAUCGAAGAUUCCCUGGUCCCAGCCUCUCAAAUAUCAACAGACGAUUUCGCCGGCUCGCUGGCCAAUCAGACCAACCUCGCCGUCAAGGGUAUCAUCGGAAUAAAAGCCAUGUCCCAGAUUGCGACGAUCCUUGGGGACGGUCAACGCAGUUCCAACUAUAGUGUUAUCGCCUCGUCGUUUGUCGAGAAGUUCAAAACUUUUGCCAUUAGCCCCGACUCCGCCCAUCUUACCUUAUCCUAUGGCAAUUCAGCCUCAUGGGGUCUUUCCUAUAACCUCUAUGCGGAUAAACUUCUCCAGUUGAACUUGUUUCCGGAUGCGAUUUAUCAAAUGCAGACGAAAUGGUAUCAAAAUGUCAAGUCAACAUUUGGAACUGCUCUCGAUACUCGGCAUACGUACACAAAAUCUGACUGGCAAAUCUGGACUGCAGGUAUCAUGACCGAUAUAGACACUCGCAACAGCUUUAUAUCUGGCGUCAAGAAAACGGCUGCCAACGGGUUGAGCUCGCAGCCAUUCGCUGAUUGGUAUGACACUCUUACUGGUCGACCCGAGGGGUUUAGAGCACGGCCUGUUGUUGGUGGGCAUCUGGCUUUGUUGAUCUUGCCGUCUCCUUCCGGUAACUCGAGCGUGUCCAACCCUACUAGCACAAGCCCGACUCGGAGUUCUUCGACUCCUGCAAACGCAGCUCAAAGUCUUCGAGUACCGCAGCUCUUCCUGUGGUUAAGACUGCUAUUUUAUAUUAUCUAA